AUGACGAGUUUGGAGGAGCUCAUUGUCGCGUCGAACAACUUAUUGGGUGAAAUCCCGGCUUCUGUAUUCAAUCUUUCUUCCCUCACGAUUUUGUCAUUUGGAGUGAACAAACUCCACGGCAAUCUACCUAGAGAAAUGGGAUUGUCACUUCCCAAUCUUGUGCAUUUGGAUAUGGCUGAAAACCAGUUUAGUGGUAGCAUCCCAGCUUCUCUAUCCAAUGCCUCGAACUUGGUUAUACUUCAACUGCAGUUCAACAAUUUUACCGGGAGGAUGCCCGGUAUGGAAAGCUCUCACAAGCUUUCCCGCAUUUACAUCUACCAAAACUCUCUUGGUGGUGGGAAGGCUGAUGAUUUGAGCUUCUUCUCUUCUCUGCCCAAUGCAACCAGCUUGGUGCAGUUGUUUGUGAACAGAUUCUCCGGGAGUAUACCAAGCGCGAUACAGAACCUCGUCAACUUGCAGGUCUUGGAUGCACAUAAGAACGAUCUCUCGGGUGAAAUCCCGUCGAUCAUUGGAAACAUGGGAAAUUUGCAGUAUAUGCUCUUGUCUCAUAAUCGUUUAUCUGGCACCAUUCCAAUAAGCAUAGGAAGUCUGACAAAUUUAGGGGAGUUGGAUCUGUCACAUAACAUGUUAUCAGGUGAAAUACCAGCUUCUCUUGGUAGUUGUGCAAAAUUAGAGAUGCUGAGCUUGCAAAGCAAUCUGUUACAAGGAACCAUUCCUUCUUCUCUAAGUUCAUUAAGAAGUAUCAAACUGUUGGACAUCUCUAGCAAUAACUUAUCAGGUCAAUUUCCAAAAUCGUUCGAAGGCAUGAAGCUAUUGCAGCUUUUGAAUCUGUCUUAUAACAGUAUUGAGGGGGAAGUGCCAUCAAAUGGAGUCUUCAGGAAUGGCAGCAUUAUUUCAAUCGUUGGAAAUGGCAAACUCUGUGGUGGUGUGAUUGAACUCAAUCUUCCACCUUGUAACUUCAAGCAGAAAAAGAAUGCAUUCAGCCAUAAGUUGAUCAUCAAGAUUGUCAUAUCGACAGUCUCCAGUGUAUUAUUGCUGGCAUUCGUGGGUUCUUGGUUGCUUAUCUUUUGGAACAAAAAGAGAGGAAAACAAGAUACAGUUUCUGCUGAUGAUUCACAGCUCCCAUUGUCUUACCGUGACCUUCAUAAAGCUACAAAUGGGUUUUCUGGAGCAAAUUUGAUUGGUGUGGGCAGCUUUGGUUCUGUGUAUAAGGGACUCCUGGACAAGAAUGGGAUUGAAACCACCGUCGCAGUGAAAGUGUUUAACCUACAACGUCGUGGAGGUUCCAAGAGCUUCAUGGCAGAAUGUGCAGCAUUGAAGAACAUCAGGCACAAAAAUCUUGUGAGAAUACUAACAGUGUGUUCAGGUAUCGAUGAUCAAAUGAAUGACUUCAAGGCUCUCGUAUAUGAGUACUUGGCCAAUGGUAGCCUCGAAGAUGGAAACGAGCCUCUAAGGAGCUUGAAUUUCCUCCAAAGGCUGAAUGUUGUCAUUGAUGUAGCUACUGCAGUAGAUUAUAUUCACCACCAAUGCGGAACCCCUAUAGUUCAUUGCGAUCUCAAACCGAGCAAUGUGCUUCUCAAUGAAGACAUGACUGGUCAUGUUAACGAUUUUGGGUUGGCAAGAUUCCUACAACCCACUGGAGAUCCCUCUUCGAUAGGCCAGAUGUCAAGCACCAUUGGCAUAAAAGGAACAAUUGGCUAUGCUCCUCCUGAAUACGGUAUGGGAAAUGAAGUCUCAAAACAAGGUGAUGUCUACAGCUAUGGAGUACUCUUAUGUGAGGUUUUCACUGGAAAGAGACCAACCGAUGAGAUUUUCAAAGAAGGUCUGAACAUUCAUACAUUUGUUAGAACUGCUCUAUCAGAGAAGCUAAUGGCACAAGUUCUGGAUCCUGUUCUAAUCAAUGAGCUACCUCUUGGUCAAGCAACCCCUUUUGAUGCCAUUAGCAGCAGCAACACACAGGAAACUAAGAAGAAGAAGGGCCAAAUACUAGAGGAGGUUCUGAUCUCCAUUCUCGAAAUAGGUGUCGUUUGUUCUUCAGACUCCCCAAAUGAGAGAAUCAGUAUCGGUGAAGUUGUCACCAGGCUUGUCUCAUUGAAAAAUUUACUUCAUGACAAAUUUGCACAGAGACAGAUUGGUGGGAUGUAAUUGUAUAGAGUUGGCUGUUGCUGCACGGGGAUGAAAAGUAAGUUCGAGUUGAGAAGGCGUCUGCCGGGGAGAAUGGUGGGAAUCAAGGAGACGAGUGACAUGCAGGAUGGAGGUAGAGUCGAUGAAGAGAACGGAUGGAAGAGGCUUUUUCUGGCUGAAGUGAACAUUUUUCAGGAAAGCUUACGUGGAGGGGGAGCUAACUUCUACAAUAAGUCAAUUUGAACUCGAAGAUUCCAAAUCAUUUUAACUUUAUAAGCCAAUAAACUGAAAUGAAAUCUGUAGAAUGAACCAUAUGGUAAGGAAGAAU